GGUCAGAGUCGCUCGCUUCUACAGGAGGAGCGCGCACACAGUGAGCGAGAGAGAGCAUGGGUGGAGAGCUGAGGGAGGAAGAAGAAGACAUCAAAAUCUCUACUUUUUCUUCUUAAAUUUUCCUCUCUUUGUUUUUUUAGAAAAAAAAAGGAUUAAGAACACAUCAUCUAGAGAGCUGAAGUUGAUUUUUUUUUUUUAUUCCUUUCUUUUUACUCUUGUUUUGAGGUUGUGGGUUUUGUUAGAAUAGCCGCUAUGGAGGCAUCAGAGUUCAUCCAUGGUGGUGGCUUAGAGGUUUCUGCGACCGGAGAAUCCGUGCAAGCUUUGCCAUGGGAUAUCCAUGGCUUUGUGCUCGAGAUAUGCGGCUCUUCCCGGUAAUGUUUUUCGAAUCCAAUUCAUGACUUCUUUUCUUCUUUCCAUUCUUUGAUUCUUUUACAUAGGUUUCUCACUCUCUCCUUUCUUUCUUUUGUUUUUUAUAUUAUUAUUAUUAUUCAAACUUUCCUUUGUUUCAAAAGAAAUUUAAACACCCCUUCUGAUUUCUGAAUACAGACACUCUAACCUUUGCAAAUCAUUCUUUCUUGGCUGAAGUUUUCGAAUUCUUUGCGAAAAUCUUUACAUAGACACCUCUUCCCCUGCAUGCAUAUAAGCAUUAUUUUUCUAAGAAGAGAAUGCUAAUGAAGCGUUAUAGGAGUUGAAGAGAAACAAAUAGACAGCGCAGGGUAAAACAAGGAGGGAAGAGGUGUGCUUUUAGUUUAAGUAUAGCAGAGAAGCAAAGAAAGCAGUAGGAUUGGUAUCAAACAGCAUUCAAUCCAAAAAAUAACAAACAAAAAGACAAAGUUGGAAGAGAGUAGAGAAUGUUGGCUGGGUGCUCCUCAGCGCUGCUGUCGCCGAGGCACCAACUGAGGAGUGAGGCUUCCGUGCAGGUGCAAGGUUCCCAUUUCCAGCUGCAGGAGAGGCACUGCACUUCGCAGCAGAGGAUGGGUACCCAGCGCUUUGACCUCCCAUGCAGCUUCUCCAGGAAAGAUGCCCCCCGGGUCGCCAUUUCACUGGAGAAGCCAGCUGAGGCCAGAAGCAGCAGUUGCGCGUUUAGGCCGAGCCCAGCAACAGCUUCUUCGUCUUCCGUGGCGGCGCGAGCACUCUCAUGGGAAGGAAGGAUAGAGAUCGCCGAAGGAGGGGGGCCUUGGGAGCGACGGAGGAGCUCGAAGAGGAGAUCACAUGAGAGGAGCUCAUCCGAGGAGGAUUCACGUCCUGACCGAGCCAAGAGGACGAGGACAGGCGGCGCGGCACGGUUGGCUGGUGGUGAGGAUGACAUAUGGUUGCCUCAAUCCACCAAGGAGCAUCCAUCGGUGGAAGAGGAGGAGGAGAAGGAGGAGGAGGAGGAGGAGGAGGAGGAGGAGGAAGAAGAAGAAGAAAAGAAAGUCUUUCUAGUUCCAAAUGCAGCAUUGUUUCCAUUUUUCACCACCACAAGCAGCACAUUGGUAGGCUCCUUCGAAGCUGGAAGGGGUCUGGGCACAGGUGUUCAGCCAAACAACAAAUCGCAGUCGGAUUCGAGCUCGUCGUCCGAUGCCCGGAAUUCAUCUCCAAAGCAGCACAAGGAUUCCUCUGAUAAUGCAGCACGGAAUGGUCCCGAAAUCGCUCACCCAACUGGUUUUGCUGGUAUAGCAGGUCAGGGUGGUGGGAAUGCCCAAACGGAGCAGCAGGGUCUUGAGCUCGUGAGCUUGCUCACAUCCUGUGCGGAGUCCAUUAGUUCUCGUAAUCAUGAAGCCAUAUCCUUCUUCUUAGCUAGACUUGCAGAGCUUGCCUCCCCGACAGGAAGCUCGAUGCAUCGAGUGGCGGCAUACUAUGCAGAAGCCUUGGCCCUCCGCGCCGUCAAGCUCUGGCCUCACAUCUUCUCCAUAACGCCACCGCGGGCGCUGGCUGAUCAGACUGGUGGUGGUGGUGCUGAUGAUGAUGCCACAGCAUUGCAGCUGCUCAACCAAGUCAGCCCAAUUACGAAGUUUCUCCAUCUCACAUUGAAUGAGAGAUUGCUCAGGGCUUUCGAAGGGAAGGACAGGGUUCAUAUAAUAGAUUUCGACAUCAAACAAGGACUUCAGUGGCCUGGUCUGUUUCAGAGCUUGGCCGGCAGGGCUAAUCCCCCGAGCCAUGUGAGGAUCACCGGGAUCGGAGAGUGCAGACAGGAGCUUCAGGACACAGGAGCUAGGCUGGCAAGGUUCGCCGAGGCCUGCAAUCUUCCUUUCGAGUUCCAUGCAGUUGUCGAUAGGUUGGAGGAUGUGAGGCUUUGGAUGCUUCAUGUGAAGAGGGAGGAUUGCGUCGCUGUAAACUGCAUCCUAAUGCUGCACAAGAUGCUCUAUAAUGAUGAGAAUGGAGGAGCUCUGAUGGAUUUGUUAGGUCUGAUUCGAAGCACAAACCCGGCGAUUGUUCUUCUGGCCGAGCAAGAAGCACAGCAUAACGAAACCAGAUGGGAGGCAAGGUUGGCCAACUCACUUCAGUACUACUCUGCCAUCUUCGACUCACUCGACUGCGGUCUGCCGGAGGAUAGCCUGGCUCGGAUCAAGAUCGAAGAGAUGUUUGCAAGGGAGAUCAGGAACCUGGUCGCCUGUGAAGGGAGUGAGAGGGUUGAUAGGCAUGAGAAGUUUGAGAGGUGGAGGAAGCUGAUGGAGGAUGGUGGUUUUAGAUGCAUGGGCAUUGGAGAAAGGGAGAUGCUUCAGAGCCGGUUGAUUUUAAGGAUGUAUGAUGGUGAGAAUUUCAGCAUAGAUAAGCAAGGGGAAGAAAAUGAUGGACUCACUCUUAAGUGGUUAAAUCAAUCUCUAUACACAGUGUCUGCAUGGGCACCCACUGAUAUUGCAGGCAGCUCAGCUACAUCUCAGCCAAGCUAAUCAGACUGCAUUUCUGCAUGGUUUGGUUUUCUUUUCUUUAUAAAUCUCCAAACAUUCUUUUAUACCUUCCAAACACAGAAGUUCUCAUAUCUUUUGUUUUGUGAAAUAGGAGGAAUUUUUUUUCUUAGUUUGUAUUCUUUUCCAUUCUUUGGUUGCUGAAUCAUCGGCAAGAAUUAUAUUAGAAAGAGAAGCUCCAUAUGGCACCUCUCUUUCAGUUCCUCAGCAGAUUGCCUGCAUUAGAAUUUGGAUUUUACAUUGUUGUAAUUCUUUUAUUUUGUUCGAUGUAAUUGAGAAACAAAAUCAGAUGUUUUUAUUUCUUUA